AUGAGGCCCUCAUUGGUGACGAUUCUGUUCUCUGGAACAGUAACGGCUGCAGCUGUUUGUGAGAGGCAGGAAUCUCAAGGCUGCUGUUUCCACUUGGAAUCGGUCGGCUCAGUGAAUGAGACAGUUGAAGAGAACCACACCGGACGUAUCCUUCUCGGAGGCUCUUUUCAGCAAGGUGGUUUCUGCCUUAAUCCAUCAAAUGGGACCCUCAAAGAUGCCAUAGGCAAUAACUGCUUCAUGCGAGCUCCCAAUUACGAGUUCCAAUGCUACCAAGGCGCUCUCAGCACCACCUUCUUCAUGCUGUCUGCGGGCAGCGAUGGGAAAACAAAGCUCCUCUACGAUGAAACACCAGGGACUUUCUUUGCCUGUCCUAUCGGGUCGACCAAUCAGGAUGUCUACAGUCUCUUUCCGCUAUGGAAAAACGACACUACGGGCUGCGUGGAGAUCACGCUGGCUUUGACUAAUCAGACGGCGGAGUGCGCAGCACAGGGAGGUUCACCUGUAACGGGGUCGACGACUGCAUUGCCCACUACAGAGCUCACAGUUCCUACCGAAACUGGCUCGAAGGUUCCUAUUAUCCAAUACGGAUCGGGUGCCAGUGAUAGCUCAAUCGGACAGGCUUCUACGAGAACCACUGAUGCUUCUUCCACUACCAAGUCUACUUCAGCCCCGGAGCCACCUUCAAGUUCGAAUCCAUCCAAUUCUUCUCAGGCUUGCUCUGUAGCGUCGUCUGCACCGUCAAUCGCACCUCGGAAACUAGGGUUUCCCCAAGAUAACGCCCCUGAUGGCAUCCAUGAUACGUCUUUGGAUGCCUCCAUCACCCCUGUCAACAGUACAAUAUUCCAAUAUACGAUUCCCCGAUCAUUUGCUACAAAGACUACACAACUCUGCGCACUUCAGUUUCGACUCCCUUUCUGCUCCGACCUUCCGUCUGGAUACCCCUGUUUCCACUUCAGUGGCUCCGAGCAGGAGACGCUCUCCAACUCGGGCAUGGUCUUCUCACUUGUAAGCGAUGACGGACGCACCACCUGGAACAACUCUGCCCUUCAUCAGGUUCAUCCUGGGGAUAAGAAGGUUUUCGGUACAUUCGAAUGUGGUACUGCGUCCGCCGGAUAUGGCGAGCGGAAGAUCACCUGGCUUGCCAGUAGUGUGAGGAAUUUUGCAUUGGAGUUUCAGCAAGCUGGCGUUGGAUCAUCGCCAGAGUUCGUGGACGGCGUAGGUGCAUGGGUUGUGCAAUGCUCAUGA